AUGGUGUGGAACAGCAUGGUGGUGUUGGCGGUGGCGCGUGCGUCAGCGGAAGCGUGCGAAUGCAUUGCGGAGCCUCUGAGCAGUGACCAGAUUCUGGAUCUGGUUUGCUGUUUUCCUCUGCAACAACUCGCUCUCUGUCUCUACUCCUUCUUCUGCGCUCCUCACUCCAACUAUUCCUAUUUCCCUACUGAUUCCGACGACGACGAUGAUGGUGAUGGUGAUGAUUCUUCCCGUUUCGACUACUACUACCAAUCCUAUUCCGACUCAACUCAAUAG